UCUAGAUGCCUUCUUGAGCCUAUUUGUAGCCACCCACAGACACUUUUAAGGAGGAGAGAAGUCGACCUGGUAGAGAAAAUCUGAAAUGAGGGAUUAGAGGCUGGGAUCCAAGGAGAAAGAGCUGCAGUCAGAAGAUAAGCGAGCAGGCCCUGAAAAUACUUCUACUGAGAGGUCUGCCAUGGCCUCUCUUGGCCUUCAACUUGUGGGCUACAUCCUGGGCCUUCUGGGACUCUUGGGCACCCUGAUUGCCAUGCUGCUUCCCAGCUGGCGAACAAGUUCUUACGUUGGUGCCAGCAUUGUGACGGCAGUCGGCUUCUCCAAGGGCCUCUGGAUGGAAUGUGCCACUCACAGCACGGGCAUUACUCAGUGUGAUAUCUACAGCACUCUUCUAGGCCUGCCCUCUGAUAUCCAGGCUGCCCAGGCCAUGAUGGUAACCUCCAGUGCAAUCUCUUCGCUGGCCUGCAUGAUUACUGUGGUGGGCAUGAGAUGCACAGUGUUCUGCCAGGACUCUCGAGCCAAAGACAGAGUGGCGGUAGUGGGCGGAGUCUUCUUCAUCCUUGGAGGCCUCCUGGGCUUCAUCCCUGUUGCCUGGAAUCUUCAUGGUAUCCUUCGGGACUUCUACUCCCCACUGGUUCCUGACAGCAUGAAAUUUGAGAUCGGAGAGGCACUCUACUUGGGCAUUAUUUCCUCCCUGUUUUCCCUGGUAGCCGGAGUCAUCCUCUGCUUUUCCUGCCCAUCCCAGGGAAACCGUUCCAACUACUAUGAUGGCUACCAGGCCCAGCCCCUUGCCACCAGGAGCUCUCCAAGACCUGGUCAACCACCCAAAGGCAAGAAUGAAUUCAACUCCUACAGCCUGACAGGGUAUGUGUGA